UAACAAACAAAAAUUUGGAGUUUCGGACUCCGAUUGGUCUUCCCAGGCUUCCUUUAAGACCAAAACAAAUCUUUGUGCACAAAGCUCGGUACUCAUAUAUCCAUCCAUCUUCCUCUGAGAUUGUUCUAGAAGGUAUGGAAAGGAAGAGAAUUGUUCAGAGCGCUGAACCAGAAGUCUAUGUUCAGCAACAGGGCAUCCCAAGAAAUCAGAACCCUAUUGGUGACCAUGAUAUCGAUAGAAGGUUGGACAGGAUUCUCUCCCUACCUAUCAUGCCACUGACUGACAUGUUUUGUAACGUUCCAGAUCCUUAUAAUCCCGUUCCCAGUUUGGAAAUGUGGACUGAUCUACAACCUGGUGCUAGAAGGUGCUAUAAUCUGCAGAGAAUAAAAGAGGUUGAGAAGCUAAUUACUCUGGGUUUACAAGUUUUUAAUUCCAUCCAAGGAAAUAUUACUGCGCAAGCCAUAUGUCAACUGAUGAAUCUGGCGUAUAAUCUUAAAGAUUCUACUGGAGAGUACUGCUUUGGAGAUAUUUCACCCGAAUUGAUACUGGAAGACACAGAUUUUGAUGAAGUCUCCAAUGAUACACUUGUUAUAGUUAGACCUUGCAAUACAUUAACUGUGAUGAUCUCUCGUGAAGAACCAGAGUAUAAAGAAAGAGUUGCCAAUGGGUUUUGUUAUCUUGCAACAAGUUAUAUGAGACUAUAUACCAAAUCAGCAGAAAACUAUACGAGAACUGAAAAACCUUUGAGAAACCGAUUCAAAGAUUUCUAUGAUUAUGCCUUGCCUUUUGAAAAUUUUCAUCCAGUUCCUGAAGCUGUCAAUCGUAUCAAGUUUCAGAUCGAUGUGAAUCAGACAUUGAGGAAUACUUUCUAUAAUUUGGUCUAUGCUGGAGAGUCUGUUGAAUAUGGUAAGCAGUUGAAGGAGUUUCUCUACGGGUAUCAUAUCUUGUAUACCGGGAUGCAUUGUUUUCCAUUGUUCUUGAAGUGUGUGGAAGCUAUGAAGGUUACCAACAAUCAACUGAUGAAUGUGUUGCGCUCAGAUUAUUUUAAAGCCCAGCUGAAUGCACUGGAGGUGAUAUUUAACAAUCUUUACGGAUCAUGUGAGCAACCAGGAAUGGAGAGACAGAUGUGGAAGUAUGCCAGAGUUUUUAACAGCCAGUUCUUCAGUCAACUGCAAACAAAGAAUUGUGCUACGUUUACAGCUGCCUUGGCACAUCUGUAUCACUCAAUUAUACCACCAAGUGGGAAUGAUGAUGCCAGAAACAUAGUCAGAGUUAAAGAAUUGUCAGGUGGUCUACUCGAGAUCGCUAAGGAGUAUGCACGAAGGGCUCUGACAAUUCGCAGAGAUGGGAUGAAAGAUAUAAAAAGUUCUGGAAGAUAAAAUAUUUAAGUGUUUACUCAGCUGAUCCUCGUAUUAUUCUGAUAUUCUUUGCAUGAUAACAGAGCAAGCAUCUUUUUUACAGUGAACUAGUAGUACCUUUUUUUUAUGGAAUCUAUAUCAAAUGUCAGUGUUUAAGGUUCAUUAAUCAGUUCAUUUAUCGAUAUGUCUAGUUUUAUGUUAGUUUCCAAAAAAAAAAAAGAAUUUUUUUAUUAAACUCAUUGUCAUGCUUAAAUAAAAAAUUAAGACCAACUCUUUAAUUUA